GUAGUCCACGUAUUAAAUUCUCCUUCUUCUUUAUAGUCCACAGAUACAGGAGAGGACCCCAGAACCAAAGGCUCGAUAGAGAAGAAAGUUGAGAUAGAGAAAACAUUUUAUAACGCUCGCUGUCUCUGUGUCUUUCUCUCUAGGAUUAGGGUUUUUAGGGUCUGCGGAGCUUAGAGUGAUUAACCAUGGCGGAGCUUUCUCAGAAAGAGGCGGACAUACAGAUGAUGCUGGCCGCUGAUGUCCAUCUAGGUACCAAGAACUGUGACUUUCAGAUGGAAAGAUAUGUCUUCAAGAGAAGAACUGAUGGAAUUUAUAUAAUAAAUCUUGGUAAGACAUGGGAGAAACUCCAGAUGGCCGCGAGAGUCAUAGUUGCUAUCGAAAAUCCUCAGGAUAUCAUUGUUCAGAGCGCGAGGCCCUAUGGACAGAGAGCUGUGUUGAAGUUUGCCCAUUAUGUCGGAGCUCAUCCUAUUGCAGGGAGACAUACCCCUGGAACAUUCACAAAUCAGCUUCAGACUUCAUAUAGUGAGCCUCGCCUCCUUAUCUUGACAGAUCCCAGGACUGAUCACCAGCCUAUCAAGGAGGCUGCACUGGGUAACAUUCCAACAAUAGCGUUUUGCGAUACGGAUUCGCCAAUGCGUUAUGUUGAUAUUGGCAUUCCAGCAAACAACAAGGGAAAGCACAGCAUCGGCUGCCUCUUUUGGUUGUUGGCAAGAAUGGUUCUGCAGAUGAGGGGUACCAUUCUUCCAGGGCAAAAGUGGGAAGUCAUGGUUGAUCUCUUCUUUUAUAGAGAACCUGAGGAAGCAAAAGAACAUGAAGAAGAGGAGGUUGCCCCGGCCCUUGACUAUGGGGCCCCUGCUUACACAGGAGAGUUAGCUGGGGAGCAAUGGCCCACCGCCCAAAUUGGCGAUGCUCAGUGGGGUGGUGAAGUGGUCACUGGACCUCCUGUUCCUACUAUUCCUGCCGGAGAGUGGAGCACUCCUACAGGCGUUGUGGCUGAUGGAUGGGAAACUGAUCCUGCACCCCCACCAAUGCCUGUUGAUCUUCCUCCACAACCUUCAGGUUGGGGGGACCCUGUCGCUUAGGAGUUUAGUUAAGUGAGUUUAAAUUUAUGAUAGGAAGUAUAGUCUUUUCCAUCAAUGAACACGUAUUUUGUGCUGCCUGUUUGGAAUGAUUUUGUAGGGGAGAUGUAAAAUCUUUCUAUAGAUGAUGAGCUCGGUUCCUUUUCCUCCACUUUUUUAGUUCUUUUUGAAGGAUUUCUCUUGGAUUGUUCUGUUGAGUUUGUGGAAACUCUCAUAUCUACUUGAUAAAUGGAAGAUGUUUGAUUAAUUGUUGU